UAUAUGGAAACCGUCUGUACCUCUUUCUCUCUCCCAUCUGCUAAUACAGACGGAGGGAGGAGCCAAAUAAGGAAAAACUUUUUUUUUUUUGGGGCCAAAGGUAAAGGCCUAAUCCACAUGCGAUUUGGUUUCGGACCUUCAAAGAUCCGAUUCGCAAUUAUCUCUUUACUUUCCCGUCUGAUCUUAUCCAAAACGAACCUACCAGGGCGGGAAAAAUGACGCGUCGGUGCUCGCAUUGCAGCCACAACGGGCACAAUUCUCGGACCUGCCCGAACCGAGGGUUCAAACUUUUCGGAGUCCGGUUGACUGACGGGUCGAUUCGGAAGAGCGCCAGUAUGGGCAAUUUAAGCCAAUACUCGGGGUCGAAUUCGGGCGCGCAUAACGGAAACGGGUCGGGUUCACCCGGUGAGGGUCCGGAACACGCCGACGGCUAUGCUUCUGAGGAUUUUGUCCCCGGGUCGUCUUCGAGUCGCGAAAGGAAAAAAAGCGUUCCUUGGACGGAAGAGGAGCAUAGGAUGUUUCUACUUGGACUGCAGAAGCUUGGGAAAGGUGAUUGGCGUGGAAUCUCACGCAAUUAUGUUAUAUCAAGGACUCCUACUCAAGUAGCUAGCCAUGCCCAGAAACAUUUCAUCAGGCAGUCCAAUGUCUCUAGGAGAAAAAGACGUUCCAGCCUCUUUGAUAUUGUAGCAGAUGAAUUGGGCGACACUCCAAUGGUAUCUCAGGAUUUGUUCUCUGCAAAUCAUCCACAGGCUGAAGCACCGAGCAAUGACCAGUUGCCUAUUCCUCCCCCAUUGGAUGAAGAAGAUGAAUCAAUGGAUUCCAACAACUCGAAUGAUGGGGAAACUGUUCUUCCACAUUUGGAGAGCUCACAACCUUGUUACCCAGUCGUAUAUCCUGCUUACUUCUCACCAUUCUUUCCAUUGUCAUUUCCAUAUUGGAUGGGUUAUAACACAGAACCAACCAAGAAGGAGUCACAUGAAGUGGUCAAGCCAACAGCAGUACAUUCAAAUUGCCCGAUCAAUGUUGAUGAGCUGGUGGGCAUGUCAAAAUUGAGUUUGGGAGAAUCUAUUGGUGAUAGUGGCCCAUCCUCUCUUUCAUUAAAACUUGAUGGUUCGUCUAGACUGUCUGCUUUCCAUGCCAAUCCUUCUCCUGGUACUUCAAGCAUGAAUUCAAGUGGGAGCCCAAUUCAUGCGGUUUAAGACCGACUUUAUCUGAAUUAUUGUCUUGUGUUGGCUCAGGGACUGUGAGCAGUACAGGUUAUUGUCAAUAGAAGACUAAUAAUGUGCAGUCUGGUUUGGGUUUAGUUAUAUAUUACUUUUGUGGGAUCAACCCAAUAAGUUUGUUUCUGUUUUUAGUAAUUUAAUUCAAUGCUUAGCUUUAGGCUGUAGCAUCUUUAGAAAUUAUUUGAAUCUUCUAACGGUGUGUUCCUCAUGAUGGGCUUCACGCCUCCCUACAAUCCCUGUGUGUUUCCAAAUCUACUUUUCCCAUGCUCUCUCUCCAGCAAUUCACGAAGCACAUCUGAAACAGCAAUUGCCUUCCAUUGAUAUGCAACACAUUGAAAGAAACCAUAUGCAUGGGUAUGGAUGCGGAUAUUAAUUCUGCUGGUGUUACCCAGAAGAGGCCUCAAAGUCUUCUUGAAAAAGUAGUCGGAGGUGCUCGGUGAUGAUGGCAGGGCCAACGGGGGUUC